AGUUUUGCCAACUACAUUAAACACUAAUUGAAUUUUCGUUUGACGUCUGUCAUGUGACAUGUGUUAUUAUUUUUCGGACGGAGUAACGAAAAAUAUUUUGGUAACAAGACAGGAUGACCGAUAUCAGCGAUGAGAAAUCUCAAGAACGGGUAUAUGGAGGCUGCGAAGGCCCCGAUGCUAUGUACGUUAAGCUGAUCUCGUCUGAUGGUCAUGAAUUUAUUGUCAAGAGAGAACAUGCUUUGACUUCAGGAACAAUAAAGGCUAUGCUGAGUGGACCUGGUCAGUUUGCAGAAAAUGAAGCCAAUGAAGUCAACUUCAGGGAAAUUCCGUCUCAUGUGCUGCAGAAAGUAUGCAUGUAUUUUACUUACAAAGUUCGUUACACCAAUAGUUCUACUGAAAUACCAGAAUUCCCAAUUGCUCCAGAGAUUGCAUUAGAGUUGUUGAUGGCUGCAAACUUCUUGGAUUGUUAGGCAUUUCAUAUUUGAAUUUACAUCUACCAAUUUAUUUAUUAUCAAUUUGACUACUUAGAUAGGGAUAGAGUGGAUCUGAUAAAGGCUUUGUUUUGGAAAUCUGAUGCAUCAUGUAGUCAUUUAAUUUUGAUUUUUGAUAUUUGAGAGUUCUGCUGUUACCGAAUAUGACUAAGGAUUAUAGGAUAAUUGCAUAUUUAAGUUCUAAUUGUGAUUGCAAUAAAAAGUUUUAUACUAGUACU